CCAAUUUGAACUUGAGUCUUUGUGCAUUUUUCAUGGGGUUGAACUGAUGGAUGUGCCUUCUCACUUGGAAUUUAAUUAUUUAAAGAAAGAGAACAUUUCUUUUCUUGUAUUUGGUCGUAUUCCCAUGUAAUGACAGAAAGGAAUUUUCUCUGAGUUAUUCCAUUCUAUCCUACUUCUUCCAUGAACUCUCAACCCGUUAUUAUCAUCUCCUCCUCUCUUGUCCUAAUUUCACUAGCUACAUUUAUUAACUUCUUUCUCUCUCUCUCGCUCUUUUUUACAGAAUCAAGCAGCAGCCAAAUGAUGGAAGGCUUGGUGGAGGAGGAGGAGCUGCUGAAUCUUAGUCUGGCAAUUGUUUCGGAAUCUGGUGGAGAGAGGAGAAGGAAGAGGAAGAUAAGGGCUCUUUUCGAUUCGUCGAACUCGUAUGAAGGAGGUGAAGGGAAGAUCUUUAAGCUACUCCAAAUGAGAGAACAAAUGCUGAAACCAGAUAACAAGAGGAAACGAGUAGUAGAAGAUGGAAGAAGUCUGCAUUUGAUCCAUUUGCUUCUCAUUACAGCAACUGCUGUUGAUGAGAAUAAUUUAGACACAGCUUUAGAGAAUCUAACUGAACUUUACCAAAGUGUUUCCUUAACAGGAGAUUCUGUCCAAAGGGUUGUUGUCUAUUUUGCAGAUGCCUUGUCUGCUAGGAUUCUCACCCCAAAAUCUCCAUUCUAUGACAUGAUCAUGAAGGAACCAACUAGUGAAGAAAAGUUCUUGGCUUUCACAGAUCUCUAUCGUGUCUCUCCUUAUUACCAGUUAGCUCAUUUCACAGCCAACCAGGCCAUACUCGAAGCAUUCGAGAAGGAAGAAGAGAGCAAUAACCGAGCAUUGCAUGUUAUAGAUUUUGAUGUCUCGUAUGGAUUUCAAUGGCCUUCUCUAAUACAAUCUCUUUCUGAGAAAGCAACCACUGGCAAUCAAGUUUCUCUUCGGAUAACUGGGUAUGGAAGAAGCUUGGAAGAACUUCAAGAAACUGAGAGCAGAUUGGUUAGCUUCACUAAAGGAUUUCGAAAUCUAAUCUUUGAGUUUCAGGGAUUGUUGAGAGGAUCAUCCAAGCUGAUGAAUCCAAGGAAAAAGAAGAAUGAAACUGUUGCUGUUAAUCUAAUUUUUCAUUUGAAUACUUUGAAUGAAUUUCUUAAGCUAUCUGACACAUUAAACUUAAUACAUUCACUUAAUCCUUCCAUUGUUGUUUUGGUGGAGCAAGAAGGAAUCAGAAACCCAGGAAGCUUCUUAUCAAGAUUUAUGGAAUCCUUGCAUUAUUUUGCAGCCAUGUUUGAUUCUUUAGAAGAUUGUCUUCCAUUAGAGAGCUCAGAGAGGUUAAGCGUAGAGAAGAAUCAUCUUGGAAAAGAGAUCAAAUCCAUGCUCAAUUAUGACAAAGAUAAUAAUGAUAAUGAUUCAAAGUGUUCAAGAUAUGAGAAGAUGGAGACAUGGAAGGGAAGAAUGGAAAGCCAUGGAUUCUCAGGCAUUAAGCUAAGCUCAAAAACUUUGAUUCAAGCCAAGCUCCUUUUGAAAAUUAGGACCCAUUAUAGCUCUCUUCAAUUUGAUGGAGAGAGUAGUAAUGGAUUUAGAGUAUUUGAAAGAGAUGAAGGAAGAGCUAUUUCUUUAGGGUGGCAAGAUAGGAGUUUGCUUACAGCCUCUGCUUGGCAUUGUGUAUGAUAUACUAUAGCUAGAGAUCAGUCCAUACCAUUCUAACACAUUCAUCAUUUUUGUAACUUCAAUCAAAUAAUUGAUAAAUUUAAUACUAAUAUUAUUGCAUUAUUAUUAGAAAAAA